CGUUGGCUUCUCUAUUUAAUUGACUUAGCACAGUAAAAGUAUAAAAACUGUUAGAGCAUCAAUACUUGAAGAGUCUAUUUUAUAAAUUCAAUGUCGAUAGAACUAAACUUUGAGAUGCAGAAAUUAACUUUCAAGAAAACAUUCUAGAAUUAAAGUUGUUAAAUAGCUUUAUCUCUAUCAUUAUGGUAGUCAUAUCAUUACCGUAGCCAAACAAUUUUACAUUAAUAUCUUGACAGGAAGUUUAAAGUUACCGACAUGGAACCUGGAACUGUAACUGAAGCAGAACUUCAAAAAGUUGGUAAAAUAUUACUCAACUCUAAUGCUUCUCUGGCGGAGAGAUUCAGGGCUCUAUUUACUCUGAUGAGUAUAAACGGCCCUGAUGCAGUCAAUAUAAUUUGUGAGACGUUUAAAGAUCCGUCUGAGCUUUUAAAGCACGAGCUGGCGUUUUGCCUGGGGCAAAUGCAGGAUCUUACUGCUUUACCAAAACUUGGGGAGGUGUUAGAAGACACAAAUGAGGCAAUAAUAGUGAGACAUGAAGCUGGGGAAGCUAUUGGUGCUUUAGGUCAGAUGGAUUCGUUACCUUUGUUGAAUAAAUACUUGGAUCACGAGAGCAAGGUAUUGAGACAAACAUGCGAGCUUGCUGUUAUGAGAAUAAAACAUGUCAACAGCGAGAAAUCAGGACCUGAUUCCCCUUUUACAUCUGUUGAUCCAGCUCCUGCUUUCAAUCAGAACAAAACCUGCAAAGAGUUGGCUGACAUUUUGUUAGAUUCUGAACGGACACUAUUUGAUAGAUAUCGGGCGAUGUUUUCACUGAGGAAUCUCUCCACGCCAGAGUCAAUCGAUGCUUUGGUUAAAGGACUUGAUUGUGAUGAUAGCGCCUUAUUUAGACACGAAGUGGCAUAUGUUUUGGGCCAAAUGGCUGACACACAUGCUGUUGAGGGUUUGUCUCAGAAACUGAGAGACAUGUCAGAUGACCCAAUGGUAAGACAUGAAGCUGCAGAGGCACUGGGCGCAGUAGAUGAUCCCCGGUGUAAGGAGAUUCUCGCCAAACAUCUGACUGACACUGAUCUGAUGGUGAAACAGAGUUGUGAGAUUGCACUCGAUAUGAAUGAGAGUGAAACCGAACACCAGUUUCAAUAUGCUGAUACUCUUCAAAAGAUUAGAAACUCGUAAUGAUGCUUUAUCAUGUUUAGCCGAAUUGGAUUACAGUGUUAGUCAAUUCUGUUUCAUAUUCCUGAAAUCCAUCACAGCUUAGAUUUGUGUCCCGGAAUCCAUCACAGCUUAGAGUUGUGUCCCGGAAUCCAUCACAGCUCAUAUUUGUGUCCCGGAAUCCAUCGCAGUUUAGAUUUGUGUCCCGGAAUCCAUCACAGCUUAUAUUUGUGUCCCGGAAUCCAUCACAGCUUAUAUUUGUGUCCCGGAAUCCAUCGCAGUUUAGAUUUGUGUCCCGGAAUCCAUCACAGCUUAUAUUUGUGUCCCGGAAUCCAUCACAUCUUAUAUUUGUGUCCCGGAAUCACAGCUCAGAUUUGUGUUGACCCUAUGAAUCGGAGUUGGUAUAAUUUAUUUCGAAUUGAAGUCUCAUUUAUUACGUUUGUAUGAGCAUUUAUUUAUUUGUUUGUGUGAAAGAGGAGUGGGUUUUCUUGAGAUAAGAUUGAGAAUAAUAAUGAUUGUUGAGAUCUGGAGAAUAGCCUGUAGAUGUGUAUUAAAUUAUUAGGUUUUAUUUUUUAUUUAUUAAUUCCCACAUUUUAAUCGUGUUUCCCUCACAAGUAACCAAUCUGACAUACUUUGAUCUCUAAUUA